AUGGAUGAAACAUGGGCACCACAAAACAAGGAUGAAGAACAAAUAAUGUGGUUGAACAAGCUGCCACCUGGAGUAAAGAUACCACUAACUGCAGAACAGAUGGCUAAAGUUGCAAAAAUGGAUGCUGAUGGCAACAAUGGUUUAUUCAAAGAAAUUGAGGACGAUGAUAUGUCUGACGACAACAACGACAACAACCACACACAGAUCAAGCUAGAGGUUUACAGCAACCAGGCAGGAAUGAAACAACAUGCAGGUCCAAGCAGCAAAUAUGGUAUACCAGACAAACAGAAUGACUGGAAAACACAAAAGCAACCAAUACCAGCAAAAAUUAGCAAGGAAAUGAAGUUUGCUACAGCCAACACCAACUCCAGUGAUAGCACAACAAGCAAUACAAAGGAAACAUAUGAAGCAUACACAUGUACAGAAACAUCGGGAAAUAAAAUCAUCGAUCAACAGGAAACCAGAGGAAUGGGAAGUACCGAUGAAGAAAAAAGUGCCUCAAAGGAAACAAGUCAAAAGGAAGCUUAUUCAUCAUCGCAGAAACACAGCACAGAACAAUCAAACUCGUCCUCAGAGGAACAAGCUACUAAACAAGAAACAAAAGAAGAACUGAAGGAUGAUGAUCCAGAAAUAAAUCCAGAUCCUCCAACAAAGAUGGAAGAGGAAAUGGACAAGAUGUUCAACACAGAUGACUACCCAGCAGUUGAAGAGAUUAUCAGUGCAGCUAUACCAAAGAAAGGUGCCCGCUUGAAAACAAGAGACGAUGCAUUCUAUAGAUACGCUUUGUAUGCAAGAAAGGAAGGAUUUGCAGUGAAGAAGUUCAGCAGCAAGAGAUCAGGAAAAAACGGAGAAAUUUACAUUCAAACAUUCACAUGUAAUAAGGAAGGAUGCACAAACACAGAUGCCAAAACAUCGUCGCAGAGGAGAACAAAUAUACUACUGAAGACUGGCUGUAAAGCACACAUAAUUGUAAGACAAUUUGAUGAAUACUGGAUGACUGAUCUCGACAGGAGAUUAAUUCAUCUACUACAGAUGGGACGUCUGCCACCAAGGAAGAUGAUGUUAAUCUUCCGGUCGAUCAGAGGGAAAUUCCGUGGAAUACCCUUCGAUGCUGUCGAUCUAAGCAACAUAAAGAGUCAACAACAACAAAUUGAAAAGGACCAUGACAUUCAGAAGUGCCUGGAACGCUUCAAGACACUACAGAAAACAGUACCUGGCUUCUAUCAUGACAUGGAGAUAGACAGUGAAAAAAGAGUUCGCAGCCUAUUUUGGAUGGACGCUAUGUGCGUAAUGAACUACAAGCUGUUCGGUGACUACAUAUCUUUCGACACAACUUUCAGCACAAAUAAGUAUGGCCUACCGUUUGUUCCUAUAGUUGGGGUGAACAAUCACGGAUCCACAGUACUGUUUGCUGUUGCUCUGCUCAAGGAUCAAAAAAUAGAUACAUUCAUAUGGCUGCUGGAAACAUUUGUUCAGGCCAUGGGUGGAAAAGAACCAAAGACAAUAAUAACAGACCAAGACAAAGCAAUGAAGAAAGCAAUACAAACAGUUCUAAAGUCUACAACCCACAGGAACUGCUACUUCCACAUCGUGACCAAGAUGAGUCAGAAAGAGAGCACCUUCUUUGCAAAAAAUCCAGGAAUGUCGGAAAUGCUAAUGUACGUUGCAAAGAACGCAUUCACACCAGCUGAGUUCGAAAUGGGAUGGAAUAAAGUGAUAAACGAUUACAAUGCUGGCGGAGAAAAACACCUAAGCAAGUUAUACAGGAUAAGACACAGGUGGGUACCAGCGUACUUCAUGGAUAAAUUUUACCCAUUCUCAUCAAGCACAGGAAGGAGCGAGAGCACAAAUAACAUGUGGAAAUGCUAUAGCCAGCACACAGACACAAUAACAAUGUUCCUUGAACAGUACGAGGUUAUACAAGACAAGUGCUUAUCCGCCCUGGACAAGAAGAAGCUCAUAUCAACACUGAAAACAACAAAAACAGUAACAAGAUACCCGUUUGAGAAGCAAGCUCUUGAACAAUUCACACAUGACAUAUUCGAGAAGUUCCAGAUCGAGAUCACAAACAACACGGCAUUCAAGGUAGAAGGAUCACUUGAACCUGGUCGCCACCUGCGGCUGAAAAGAAUAGUGAAAUCCUAUGACCACAUGGAAUUCAAAAGGGAGUGUUUUGACGUCACGUUUGACGACGAAAAAAAAAACUUCAUGUGUUCCUGCAAGAAGAUGCAGAGGGAUGGUAUACAUUGCUGCCAUGUAAUAAAAGCAAUGGUUCACAUGGAGAUCAAUGAUUUGCCAGAGAGUUUUGUGAUUCAAAGAUGGAGAAAAGACAUAGACAUGGAACUUGCAACAUUAGGAAAUGUCGCAGAUGCUUCUUGCGGAGACGAAACACUAAAAUUUGCCGGUGUGAUGAGCCAUAUGGCAGAACUUUGCAACAGAGCGUGCCCAAAUGACAAAGCAUAUAAUGUAAUGAUUCAGUGUAUGCGUGAUAUGGAAACAAAAGUGUUGGCAGCAAUAAGAGAAGAUGAAGGAGCCAAAAAACUACACGAUGAAGAAACAGCUAGCAACGAAACAUUUCGUGACCCACCAAUGCCUGACAGAAGAGGAAGAAAAAGAGGAGACCGAAUGAUGCCAGGUUCAGAAAAAAGACAGAAAACUAGACAAAUAAAUUGUAGCCACUGCAAAAGAUCAGGACACAACAAAACAGGAUGA